AUGCAACAAGAACAACAACAAAGAAGCCCAUACGAAGUGCUAGGAGUAGGCCGGUUUACGACACAAAAGGAAAUCCGGAGACGCUACCUACAACUUUGUAAGACGUACCAUCCAGAUAUUUCAGCAAAUAAAAAGGUGGAUUUCACAGAAAUCACAGUUGCUUAUGAUAUGUUAACAAACAAUAAACACCAGCAAGCACUAGAAAUCAAAAACUACAAUUACAAUCACAAGCCAAUUAAUACUAAUCUGUGGACAAAGAGAAGUUACAUUUUUGGAUUUGCAUUGGUUGCCUUAACAUUUGCUUAUGCGUAUGAGGGCAGGUCAUCCUCAUCCAAAGCCUUGCUACCUCAUGAAAAGAGGAAAUUGGCAACAGCAGCACAUCCUUCAGCAGCGAAUUCUACUACUGCAUCAGACCAGGAACAAGUGAAAAGCAAUGAUGUAACCCCGUGGCAGGCAGCCGGAACCAGUUAUCGUGAAUGGCGAAAAGGGUAA